AUGGUUUGUUUGAAUGUGGCUGGCGCAAUCUUGUCUGAUUCGGGACUUGGCUCUGUGGGUAGUCUCUUGCGAGAUAACUCUGGUAACUGGCUGCUUGAUUUCAACAAAACCAUUGGAGUUAUGGAUAGCCUCAUGUCGAGCUUUGGGCAUGGUCUCCAUGUUGCUUGGUUAAAUGGUUUUAGAUCUCUUCUUGUACAUUCUUACUGUGUGCAGGUUAUUAAGCUUAUCCUUGACCCGAAUGCUUCCUCCAGCACAAUUCCUUUGGUGAGAGCCAUUGAUAAAUUUCGGCACCGACUAGCUUUGUCUGGACGUCUCGUGAAGGAAAUUUUCCUGCAGGCAGUAUGA